AUGGAAAAGUUGUUGGUUGAGAGGGGACUGGAGAAGGUUAUAUACCAUUAUCCAUUGGUGAUUUGGGAAAUCGUUUCUGAUGCCAGCAGAACGAUCAUUGCUUUGCUAAAAUCGGAUAGGUUUAAACACAUUCGCCACAGUUUGGAUAUUUGGCAUAAAGCUAAGAAGCUUGCAUAUAUGUUGGGGGAUGCUGCAAAGAAAGCUGCCCAUCGGAGUCUAUUACCAUGGAUCCGCCCUACUGUAAACCACUUCUGGUAUUGCUGUAGUUCGUGCGGUGGGGAUGCCCAAAAACUGGUUAAAAAAUGGUUUAAAAUACUGCACCAUGUUACAAACGAGCAUGAAUGGUCUGGUGGCAGAUGUAAUCAUGCUAAAGACACAAAUACAAGUAUGGAAAAGUGGCUUUCUAAGAAUUCAUCUACUUACACAGAAUUUCGAUCUCAUUGCAAGUUGUUUGAGACAAACAUAUGGCGCCCGAAGAGAAGCAUAUACGAAAAGUUUACAAGCAAAAACAUUGGAUCAAAUCGCUACUAA